GCGCCUGACUCCGAAGGGAACGGAGUCGUGCCCGUUUUCGUGAUCCUAGGUGAACUCGCAGGCUGAGAUCGCAGACUUCAAGAGACUGCCUUGCUCUGCUCUCACGGCUGCUUAUUCUUCUUUAAUUCGGGAGACCGAGUUUGACUCUUUGAAGCUGUUCAUCAGGCAUUCUACUGGGCACUCCAACUGCAGGGUCCUCACGGCCUUCUCUGCUGCCUCAGCUUUGGUCCGGAGAGGACCCGGCGCCGAAUCGCGCGGAUUGUCCCGGGUGUCCGGAAAAAUGAUCCACAGUCUAUUUCUCAUCAACUGUUCUGGUGACAUAUUUCUGGAGAAGCACUGGAAGAGUGUUGUGAGCCAGUCUGUCUGUGAUUAUUUCUUUGAAGCUCAGGAGAAAGCAGCUGAUGUUGAAAAUGUGCCACCUGUCAUUUCAACACCUCACCACUACCUCAUCAGUAUCUACCGAGAUAAGCUCUUCUUUGUGUCUGUCAUACAGACUGAAGUGCCACCUCUCUUUGUAAUUGAGUUCCUACAUCGAGUUGCGGACACUUUCCAGGACUAUUUUGGUGAGUGUUCGGAGGCUGCAAUUAAGGAUAAUGUGGUUAUAGUGUAUGAGCUCCUGGAAGAAAUGUUAGACAAUGGAUUUCCACUGGCUACUGAAUCUAACAUUCUGAAAGAACUGAUUAAACCACCAACAAUUCUGCGUUCUGUUGUCAACUCUAUUACAGGCAGCAGUAAUGUGGGGGACACACUUCCCACUGGGCAGCUGUCCAAUAUCCCAUGGCGCCGGGCAGGGGUAAAGUACACAAACAAUGAAGCGUAUUUCGAUGUCAUUGAAGAAAUCGAUGCAAUUAUAGACAAAUCAGGGUCUACAGUCUUUGCAGAAAUUCAGGGGGUCAUUGAUGCUUGCAUUAAGCUAUCAGGAAUGCCUGAUCUCUCCCUGUCUUUCAUGAACCCUAGGCUUCUGGAUGAUGUCAGCUUUCACCCCUGCAUCCGGUUCAAACGCUGGGAAUCUGAAAGAGUUUUGUCAUUUAUUCCUCCAGAUGGAAAUUUCCGACUCAUAUCAUACCGUGUCAGCUCACAAAAUCUAGUGGCAAUACCCGUGUAUGUGAAACACAGUAUCAGCUUUAAGGAGAACAGUUCCUGUGGCAGAUUUGAUAUAACAAUUGGACCAAAGCAGAAUAUGGGCAAAACAAUUGAAGGAAUUACAGUGACAGUUCACAUGCCAAAAGUUGUACUGAAUAUGAACCUGACACCAACACAAGGCAGCUAUACGUUUGAUCCAGUCACCAAGGUACUAACAUGGGAUGUGGGAAAAAUCACUCCACAGAAGCUCCCAAGUCUUAAGGGAUUGAUAAAUUUACAAUCAGGCGCACCAAAGCCAGAAGAAAAUCCAAGCCUCAACAUACAGUUCAAGAUCCAGCAACUUGCAAUUUCAGGCUUAAAAGUAAACCGUUUGGACAUGUAUGGGGAGAAAUACAAGCCAUUUAAAGGAGUCAAAUAUGUCACGAAAGCUGGAAAGUUCCAAGUGAGGACAUGAGAAGAGACCAAAAUUAAUCAAGAUCAGUUUCUUUUCCAAGUGUCAUUACAGUUUAUUACCAUUAGGUAUCAAGUGGGUGGGAAUACGUACUCUAGUUAAAGCAUUUGCGUCAAGCUACACACCGCUAACAAAGUUGCUUAAUAGUCAAUGUAAGGUUCUUAAGGCGCUUUAAGCUAAGGAAACUUUUGUAACUACUUAGCUUAUUUUGUAUCUUUUCACUUUGGAAGAUUUUGAAGGGGAGGGAAGUAUGAGCAGGAUGGUACACAUUGUGACAGUAAAGGCAGAUUACAAUGAUAAACUCUCUCCUAAUACAAGUGAACUGGUUUCCAGUUGAGGGGAACCUGUGUUAGUUUGUGAUGUGGCAUGGUAGGUGUGGCCAAGCAUCAUACCUUCAGAUAUUAGACAUCCAAAUCAGUAUCUGUCCCAACAGAGGAAAUGCUCCCACAACCCCAAAGUUUACAAAAAAAAACCUGCCUCUUCAAGUGUUUGCCUUAUUCAGCUUUUCACUUGUGCCAUUAAGCAAGCACUGUAGCAGAAGCCACUUCCACAUGGCCCUGGCAGGGAGCAGUGCUGCUCCUCACUCCAUCCUCACUGUACUUGGUAUUGUAUUUUUUAUAAGAUUUUUAUGUAAAGCUCAGAUUUUUGAUUUACAGGAACCUCGCUGCAGACAUCUCCGUUUUGUGACACUGGUUCAGUUAGCACAGUAAUCAUUUGUAUUACAGGGCAAAUGCUUUAUUGAGGUAAUAAAAGGGAGCACUGCUCCUUCUGGGAUUUCAAGCACAGGCGUUUGCACUUUUAAGCAAAUUAAAGUAGCAAAAGAGAAA